AUGGUUUCAAAAAAAAAGGCUGUCCAUGCAGACAUACCUCUGUUACCACAGAUUGAGCUUGCUAAGAAGCAAAGAUUCAACGGUGACUCUGGCAACUCUUUUCAGCUGGGGAUUACGGAUGCCUCAAGUAACUUUAACUCUGACAUCGGCGAGGGCCAACUACGAGAUGAGAAUGAAAAUACAACAGUUUGCGAGUCAAUCCCUGUUGUGUCCGAAAACGUGCCAGAACAAGCCCCUGCACUACACAGCUCUGCCACUUUGGGAGACGGAACAAUCACAAAAACUGUUGCCAAGACAAAUGACCACACUGACAAAGAGCUGGUGGCUAUGGACAAGGCUCAACUUGCUACAUAUGACACUCUGACAGUCACGCGUUUAUACACUUUUGCAAACUAUUCCGAUGCAAAAAACUUAAUCUAUGCGGUUGAAAAUAUUCCGCCCACAGCCACAUGGGGCAUUUCCAAGCCUAUUCACGACAAAUCCACACUUCUUUGCGAUCCCUCAAGCAACAUGCCCUGCACAGUGUGGCUGCCAGGUUUUGUGUCUCGAGUGUGGUUGUUUGAUCCCAAAGGCGAAACACGUGCCCAUGUUAGUAUAUCCGUGGUUUUAUUUGGUGUCAACACAGCAAGUGCCACACAUAACAUAAUUGAUAACUUGUCCUUUCCAAACGGCGAUCCCAAUGAAGAGUGCUGGGGCGACAUUAGAGCAUUGCAUUGGCAAUCGGCCUACAAAGCUCAAGGGAAAACCCCAAAACCUUUCACAGAUGUGUAUGAUGCCAGGAAGGUAUUCAAACCAAAAUCCGAAAUGGAUUACUACGGUGCCACAAACUUGCAAAUGGGUGACGCCGUACUUAUGGAAGCGUACAUUAAACAUUAUCGCCUAAAAGGCAACAUAGACAAGUUGACCCCGUCAACAAACGUCCUUGGAGGGAGUGGAAAGCGUACUUUAAGCUGA